AUGGCCUGGGGCUGGGAACAAUCCGACGACGCUCACCGUCAGGUGUACGGCCAAGAGCACCAUGAGAGCCACUUCAGCCAUGAGCUGAUUGCCGGUGCCGCUUCCUUUGCCGGUAUGAAGGCCUGGGAGGACCACCAGCGCAAGGAGGGCAAGCCUGUCAAGCACGCGUUCGCCAAGGAAGCCAUUGCCGGCCUGGUCGGCGCCGAGAUCGACAAACUGGCCGAGACCAAGGGAAUGGACGAGGUUGACCGCCUGCGCGCUCACGAGCACGCUAAGAAGAACGCUGAGCACAUGUACGAGGAGCACUACGAGCGCGGCCACGGCGCUGAGGAGUGGGACCCCGAGCGCUACCCCCGCCACGAGCGCUUCGACCGCCCCGGCCGCUGGUAA